AUGUUGACCGCUGCUGUUUCUGGAGAUGUUUUCGCUUCUCCACCUAUUGAUUCUAUUUUAGCUGCUAUUCGAGCUGUAACUGGUCCCCUGGGGUGCCUUCUAAUAGUAAAGCAUGGAGAACCUGGCAUUGCUGUUAUUGAACUCCAAUUAGGAGCCACUCCUAUCAUGGAACUUAUGAUCGCAGCGAGAAAAGCAGUUCCUGAGUUGCAAUUGGUGUAUGGCAUUGCUGUAGACAGAGUGUACACUGGCACACUUAUGACAUCUCUUGAUAUGGCAGGAUUAUCUAUUACCAUUAUGAAGUCUGAUGAUAGCAUUUUGAAGAGACUUGAUGCUCCCACUAAAGCUCUAGCUUGGCCUGUUGGUUCUGAAGGAAACCGUCCACCAGCAAAGUUUCCUGUUCCUCUACCACCAUCACCUUCAAUUAAGGAUGACGAGGAGCUGAGCAAGCAAGGGUGUAUCCUGGAGGCUGCUAUUGAAGCAAGUGCUACUGCAAUUAUCAAUCUCAAGGAUAGCCUAAAUGAAUGGGACAGUAAAGUGGGCGAUGGUGACUGUGGAACCACAAUGUGUAGAGGUGCAACAACUAUUCUUGAAGAUAUGAAAAAGCAGUAA